AUGGCGAACUUGACGUUAUUAAACGACGAUGGGCGGGGAGGAUGUUUGGCCCCCUUCUUUAACGAAGUGCUGUUCCCGACGACUGGUGGACAUGUCGACGGCCGACUGUGCGCGCCCAUCCUAGGCCAGAGUUGUUGCUUGCCAUGUCCGAUGACCGACUGGACGUACCCGGACAGCUUCACCACGUCUACGGCAGCUGCGAGCUGGGUCAACGUUGUGGGCAUGAUCGGUUGUGUGUUCUUAUUGUUAUCGUGGGCUGUGCUUCCGGUAGAGAAGACACAUCGUCAUUAUCUGAGUAUCUGUCUUACCGGAGCCGUGGUGCUUAUGAAUCUGGGCUUCAUUAUCCCGCUGGCAGCGAAGCCGAACCAAUGUUUCAACGAGAUCACCCCGAAUGGAAUGGAUACGAGUUCGGUAUGCGCAGCUUCGGGUGCCUUUCUCCUCGCCGGUGGAUGGGCGGGUGUCAUGUGGGUGUUCCUGAGAGCGCUAUCUCUACACCUUCAGAUCUGCUGGCAACUGGUCGUCGGCCGCAACUACAUGUGGUUCUCCCAGGGCCUCGGCUGGGGAAUACCCAUCAUCGGACUCAUCAUUCUCCUGGUCUUCAGCGGAGUCUCAUUCCGUUUCGGCGCCACAUGUCAUAUCAAUCACGAGAACAGUUUGGCCGACUUCUGGAUUCCGCUGCUAGUUUUCGCUGGUCUUACCGUCAUCAUACAGUUCGCGACGUUCGGCUACUGUAUCAAGGUGUACCUGGCAUCGUUGACGGACAACAGCGCCACAACCGAAGGCUCCGGCAUGCCCUCGUACUCGAACAGUAUCCGGACCAUGACUCCGCGUCAGGCAUACCGAAGAGUCCGACGUGUUAUCCAACUGCAGUGGCGUGGUAUCGCCAUCGUCUUGAUCAUUAUCACCGAUGUCAUCUUCUUUGCCAUUGUGUUUGUUUUCCUGGACAGCACGGUUCAAUCCGUCAAGGUCGAUCCCACUAUUGCCGAGCCCUGGGUUCUGUGCCUCAUGACAACCGGUGGCAACAAGAAUGCGUGCCUGGACAAGGCGGCACCAAUCAUUGUCAGCCUGUCGACCGUUACCGUCAUGCUCAUUCUCUUAGCAAUUAACGGUCUCUGGCUCCUUCUGCUCCUCGGACGCUGGUCCAUGGUUACAGGCUGGAUAGACUGGUUCACCGGCUUUGGCAGCAGCCCGGCAAAGAAGGAAUUCGUAUCGGUGGACGCACGGAUGGACUUCAAGACCGAUCCCCGAUCAUAUGAAAUGUUGUCUCACGAGUCGACCAAGAACGAACACGGGCUGACUCCAAUUAGCGCGCUACAAUCCCCUGGCCAAGUCCAGGUCGGUCGCCGCACCCCGGACUACUUUGGUACCGGCGCGCAGUACCAGCCCCAUCAACGGUCGUUCUCGUCGCCCCGGCCCCCGCAGUCGCAGCAUUCACAGCAGUCGCCGCAGGUCCAGUGGGACGUGGUGGAAGCGUACCAGCAUUACCCGCAACAGCAGCAACAACAAACGCCACUCCAAACACCACAGCAGUACCCCCAACAGCCUGCACCGGCGCACAGCCCCAGCCCAUACCCACAAACAUCAUACGAGAGCAUGAAUCCGCUGGGAAUGAACCGGAUAGAGAAGGACGACGAGGCGGGUUACAGCCCAGCGACGCCCUACAGCUCAACCAGCCGCGGGCACCAGCCGGAUUUCUCGCGCGAUCACGUCUUCAUCUGA